AUGUCGUUUCCUACGAAAGAGGAGCGCACGCAAUGUUGGAGCGCGCGCGAUUCUUAUUGGGAAUGUCUGGACAACAACAAAAACAACACCAAAGACAGCAUUUGCAUGGAGUUCCGAAAAAUGUACGAGAAAUGGUGUUCUCCACAGUGGGUCAAGCAUUUUGACAGGAAGAGGAAUUACUUGAUCUUCAAAGAAAAAAUCGAGAAAGACGGCAUUUCGUCGCAGGUCCAUUCAAAGGAUGAAAAUUUGACAUCUUCGGAUAAUAAUGUUGCUGAAAAUUGCACACCUCUGAGGAGGUCGUGGUCUUUCGAUUCUGAGUCUUCUGAGUCUUUGCCUGAAUUAGAAAUUGAAGUUGUUAGACUCCCUGGACAGUUCGAUCCGAAAAUAAGAAAUAUUAGUGGAAGACGUAUAAUUGAUAUUUCUCAUUUUAUAACGGAAGUGAGACGUCUAGAAAAUCACGUGUGCCAUGUAAAACCAACUGGUUAUUUGAGUUUCGAUAGAGAACAGAAAAUCGGACUUCAUUCAAAACUUUUUUUCAAAUGCGCAGCUUGCGGUCAUAGUACAUCGAUAACCACAAAUAAGCCAGAUAAAAGUGAACCCAAUGCAAAUUUUCUGGCUUCAUGGGGUGCUUUAGCCAGUGGAAAAGGCCAUUUCUUCUUAGAAGAAUAUUUAUCACUUCUUGACAUACCUCCGUUGACAAAACCAACUUUUUUAAAGUAUCAACAAGAAUUAGGUGAUUCAUGGAAUGAGUGUUUAACAGAUUCGAUACAAGCAGCAGGUGCAGAAGAGUAUAAGUUUGCCGUAGAAUCCAAUAAUAUGGCAGAAGGAAACAUUGGUCAAUGUACAGUAGUUGUAGAUGGAGGGUGGAGUCAUAGAUCGUAUGGGCACAGAUAUACUUCAAAAUCUGGAGUUGCUUGUAUCAUAGGAAAACAUACAAAACAACUCCUAUUCAUUGGCGUCAGAAACAAGUAUUGUAGUGUAUGUGCUAUUUCCGAAAGAAAAGGAGAGGAGGUGCGCCGUCAUAAAUGUUUCAAAAAUUGGUCUGGCUCAUCACCUGCAAUGGAAGCAGAUAUCAUCGUAGAAGGAUUCAUCCACAGUCAGUCGAUGCAUAAUCUUCAAUAUACCGCAUUCAUUGCAGAUGGGGACUCCAGUGUACAUUCGAAGAUUCUAGAGCACGUUCCAUAUUCUCGAAAGAUUAAAAAAAUUGAAUGUGCUAACCAUCUGACGAAAAAUGUAACGAAGCACCUACAUGAACUUGCCAAAGAAUCUUCUGCUAAUAGGAAGUUGUUGUCCAGCAAUAGGAUAAAUUACAUAGGAAAGAGCUGUAGGAAACUUAUAUCCAUACACGCUCGAAAAUCAACUCCUUGUGUUGCAAAUUUGAAACAUGAUUUGCAGAAUGUUGUCAGUCAUGUAUUUGGAAAUCACAGAAAUUGUAGAGCCGAAAACUGUUUGAAAGUAGGUCAAUGUAAUGAAAAUGAUUUUCAAAAAGCUUCUACUGAAACGCAAUUGCGCAUAAUGAGGAUUGUAGGGAACUUGACCUCUAAGGCUGACAGCCUAAUCACCGAUUCAACUAGCAACAGUGCAGAACAGUUCAUGCGACAAGUUGCUAAAUUCAAUAGCGUCAAACAAACUUUUUAUGGACGCAGAAAUUCAUUCAACAUAAGGUGCCAUGGUGCUGGCUUGGCAUAUCAGUUUGGACCACGUUGGAUGAUCGAAGCUUUCAAGCAUAAGUUCAAAAAGAGUCCAUCGAAUAUACUAAAACGGUUAGUGAGGGAGAGGACAAACAAUAAUUUUCUUGGUAGAUCUCGCCGGAAACGAUUGUUCAAUGUAGAAGCUAAAAUUUCUGAUAAAAAUUGUGAUUAUGGUGCUUCAUGCAACAAACCCGAUUUACCUGAUGAAGAAAUACAGAAUUUGAUAAAGGAACAAAUCAAGAUUUUGAACAUAACCUGUGAAGAACAGAUGGCAAUCGAAAAAUCCACUCGUGGUCAAAGUGAUAAUCCCAAAUGGUUUGAGGCAAGAAAAUCACGACUCACGGCAUCUAAGUUCGGAGAAAUUUGCAAGCGCAGGAUUAAUCACGGAAAACUCGUAGAAUCUAUGCUAUACAAGACCUUGCCACGAAUGAAGCAAAUUGAAUAUGGAAAAAUGAAUGAAUCAGUAGCUAUAGAAGCAUAUAGUUCGAAAGUAGGAAAAUAUGUCAGCCCUUGUGGUUUAUUUGUUUGUACCGAUCAAGGUUACGGGUUUCUGGGUGCUUCCCCGGAUGGAUUGGUAGAUCAUGACAAAAUUAUUGAAGUCAAAUGUCCCUACUCAGCCAAGGAUUAUACUCCUUUAGAAGCUGCGAAUUCAUUUUCAGGUGUGGUAUCUUCGGAAAGUUCAGAAUCCACAUUGUCGCUUAUACCAUCAGGAAUGUCUGUUUUCAAUUCUUCCAUAGUAGCUCAGUAG